GUAAAUCUAGUUGCAGGAGAUAAAGCAGGAUAGCGAGUGCUGUCUCAGUUUCGUAGUGCCAGGCUGAGUGAUGUAGCGUGAGCAAGGUCUUGGGAGGAUGAUCUGCACUUAGGACUUUGAUUCUCCAUUGCGCAAGCUAACCUCCAUCGUAUGUACAAACAAAUGGAUCGAAAUAGAUGAUUGGAUGAACUCAGAAAGACAUGUCCAAUGGGUCAACUAACACAUAUGACCAAAGAAAAGGAUCAUCAAGUUGCUUGCAUUCUGUAUCGGUCUUCAACAAACUCAUCUACUCUCACAGGACACAACUCUCUUUUAACAGCCAAGAGGUUUGUUCUUUCUAUCUGAAAACCAACAAAAAAGAGUUGGAAAGAUUUGAGAGAGCAAUGAGAAGAAGCGCGCCAUCUCCACUGGUACCAGCUUUAAUGGUGGGAGUCUUAGGAUUGGUGAUCUUCGGUCCUACUUUGCAAUCUAUUCUAGAGUUUGUUCUGCCUUUAUUUCAGGCAGGAGACUCGGACAGUGACUCUUUUUAUGUUGUGAUGGUGCUUGUUCUACUUCUGCUGUUGGUCCUUGUGCAGCUGCUUUCAACGUUCUUCCCCACUCUAAGCAUGUUUUCCUCUCCUUCAGUUCAGCAGACAAGCAGCUCUGCCUUUGAUGAUGGGUUUGGAUUGGGAACCUUACUCUUAGUUGUGCUCUUCUUAGUUUUGUAUAAAUUUUGGUCAGUUUGAGCCUUCCUCCUCCCACCUGAGACUAGUGUUCUGGGACCAAUGUGUUGCUUGCUUUUGUAUUUGUGUGUUCAUGUAAAAGAGAACAAGACCAGGUUUCUGUGCUUUCAGUCAAAUUGCAAGAGCACAAAAGAUGUAACUAACAACAUGUAUAACGACAGAAUUAUUUUUCCUUUUUUAAUUUUCUUUCCCUUGCUUUCAAAUGAACUCAAUUUGCAUGGAGAAAUGCUAGAUUUGUCCUUGAUCUAAACAAUUAGGAAGUUGACUAGCUGAGGAUUCAAAACCAAGUUAAACAACAUAUAGAGUACUAAUGCUAUGCGACUUAGCUUUUAUCCUGUUGGAUGUCAAAAUAUGUUGAGAGAAAGCAUUUGAAUCAGCAAACCAGGAAUGUCUGCGGAGAUCAUGGCUUGGGUAUUUGAAUAACAUAGUCAAACAGGUGAAGAAAUAAAAAUGAAAGAAAUUAAUGAGAAUCUAAGUAAAGAUGGUUGUGAAGACAAAAAGAAAAAGGUAGCUUCUGCCAGGAAAAAAUAUAUACUACAACUAGCUAAGAAGAACAAGGAGUAGGCUGCAGUGGCUUAGGUGGGGAGCCAAUAUAAAACUCUGCAUGAAAGACAUAUAAAGCAGUAUGAUUAUUCAUACUACAAUAAGAAUAAGGGAGCCAUGGCCCCCUCUGCUAGUAACUACCAUUCGUCCUGGAAGGCUGCUGGCAGGUAGGGUUGAAGGUUGUGAAGGAAAAUAAAGUUUUAACACAUUCAAGAUAGACGAAAUCAAAAUGACUUAAAAGAAAGUGAACUGAACUUGAACCGACCGAAUCUAAAAUGACAAAUCCCCAGACGGACCUGUUUCAGCCGACGCAGAUACACAAAACCCGCACGGCCACACCUCUUCUGUAACCAACAUCACCGUUCUACAUUUUACCAAAAACCCUUUAAAUAACCCAAUGACUUCAAGUUCCACCCCCAAAACCCUGGUCCAAACCCUCCUCAAAACCCCACAAUCUUUAAAAACCAAAUCCCAAGCCAAAGAACUCCAUGCCCAAUUUCUCAAAACCCAACCUCACUCUCCUUCUUCAACUUCUAUUCUCAUUUCCAUAUACACAAAUUUCAACCUUCUACACGACUCCCUCUUUCUCUUCAACUCCCUCAGCUCGCCUCCACUUCUUGCUUGGAAAUCCGUCACCAAAUGCUUUGCAAAUUCUGGCCUUUUUCUAAAUUCCGUAACUUAUUUUGUUCAAAUGCGUGGUCUAGGUAUAUACCCAGAUCAUAAAAUGCUCCCUUUUGUUCUUAAAGCUUGUGCUUUUAUAAAGAACUUGAGGUUGGGUGAGUCUAUUCAUGGUUGUAUUAUUAGGCUGGGUUUGGACUUUGAUUUGUUUACAGGGAAUGCCCUUUUGAAUAUGUAUGCAAAAUUUCAAAACUUGGAAGUGAACGGAGGACAUAAAGUUUUCACCUUCAAUAUGCUUGAUGGAAUGCCAAAAGGUAAUGAACUCUGCGGCAGAUUAGCUCAAAAGAAGGGCAAAAAUGUUUUUCAAUUGGAUAGUGUGAGAAAGGUUUUUGACAUGAUGCCAAAGAGGGAUGUUGUUUCUUGGAAUACGGUAAUUGCAGGGAAUGCACAAAAUGGAAUGUAUGAAGAAGCUUUGACGAUGGUUAGGGAGAUGGGGAAUGCUAACAUGAAACCUGAUUCAUUCACUUUGUCUAGCGUACUUCCUAUAUUUGCAGAAUAUGUGGAUGUAAUGAAAGGAAAGGAGAUUCAUGGAUAUGCUAUCAGACAUAGGUUUGAUUCUGAUUGGUAUAUAGGAAGUAGUUUGAUUGAUAUGUAUGCCAAUUGUUCUCGGAUUGAAGAUUCAUGCCGUGUAUUUAAUCUGUUACCUCAAAGAGAUGAUAUUUCUUGGAAUUCGAUUAUUGCUGGGUGUGUACAGAAUGGCAUGUUUGAUAAAGGUCUGAAUUUAUUUCACCAAAUGUUAAUAGCCAAAGUAAAGCCGAGGGAUGUUUCAUUUUCAAGUAUUAUGCCAGCUUGUGCUUAUUUGACGACACUGCAUCUAGGGAAGCAACUUCAUGGAUACAUAAUUCGAGGUGGAUUUGAUGAUAAUGUGUUUGUAGCCAGCUCACUUGUUGACAUGUAUGCCAAAUGUGGAAACAUCAAGGCAGCAAGGUGGAUUUUUGAUCAAAUGGAAUACCAUGACAUGGUUUCAUGGACGGCUAUCAUCAUGGGACAUGCUUUGCAUGGGCAUGCUCAUGAUGCCCUUUUUUUAUUCAAGCAGAUGGAAAUGGAUGGGGUUAAACCCAAUUAUGUGUCUUUUAUAGCUGUCUUUACCGCUUGUAGUCAUGCUGGAUUGACAGAUGAGGCUUGGGGGCAUUUCAAUUGUAUGACCCAGAAUCAUGGCAUUACACCGGGCUUGGAGCACUAUGCUGCUAUGGCAGACCUUCUUGGUCGUGCAGGAAAGUUGGAAGAAGCCUAUGAGUUCAUCUCUAGCAUGCAUAUUGCACCAACAGGUAGCAUUUGGUCAACACUGUUAUCUGCUUGUAGAGUCCACAAGAACCUUGAGUUGGCUGAAAAGGUUGCCAAAAAAUUAUUUGAAGUUGAUCCAGAAAACGUGGGAGCUUACGUUCUGAUGUCAAAUAUAUACGCAGCUGCACAGAGAUGGAAAGAUGCAGCAAAGAUGAGAAUCUCAUUGAAGAAAAAAGGUAUAAGAAAGGAACCAGCUUGCACUUGGAUAGAAGUUAAAAACAGGGUUCAUACUUUCAUAUCAGGAGAUAAAUCCCAUCCUCUUUAUGAGAGAAUAUAUAAGGCUCUGAAAGAUCUUUUGGAACAGAUGGAACGAGAAGGGUAUAUUCCUGACACGAGUGAGGUUUCCCAUGAUGUUGAGGAGGAGCAGAAGAAAUACUUGCUAUUUAGCCAUAGUGAAAGAUUAGCUUUAGCUUUUGGCAUCAUUAGCACCCCUACUGGGACAACCAUUCGAAUAACCAAAAAUAUUCGCGUUUGUGUGGACUGCCACACAGCUAUAAAGUUCAUGUCAAAGAUUUCCCAAAGAGAGAUAAUUGUCAGGGAUAAUAGCAGAUUUCACCAUUUCAAAGAUGGAAAGUGUUCAUGCAAAGAUUAUUGGUAACAGGCUGGGAGUGAAACAAUGUUGAGUUCUAAACCAUUGAUCAUCCAAAGAUGUAAGGAAUCUUAAAUGCAGUUUUCGCUCUAAUUGUGAGCAUACUGGAGAAGCAGUUAAGGAAUUAGUCAGCCUAUAUUUCAUGAACUUAAUUGUUCCUUUUAGCAAUGCCUUGUUGGAGCAUUUGCUCAACUGGAAAUUCAAGUGAUUUACUAUCCUUUUGCAUUGAAAGAGCAAAAAGAGUUUAAGAAAAGAGAAGAAUAGAGUGAAAAACAGUUCAAAAUGUAAAUUUUUUUUGACAUAUCGUUGCAUAUACAGGAAUGCUUUUAAUUG